AUGAUCUGCGGCGCAGGAGCCCCGAGGUAUCCACCGACCGAAGGGGAGCAAGCGCUCGUGGAUCUGCUGCGGCUGCGCGACUGGCCCUUUGAGGCCCAAGCUGAUUUGUACAACUACAUCCCGUUGCUCGCGGCCUUUGGGAAGCUCCUCGACCGGAUCGUUACCCGCGCCGCGACCGACGACGGCCGCCCGAUCGUCAUCUUCCAUAAUGGCGACGCGCUGGCGCCUGGCGCCUGGACGUAUGCGGCCCGCGACGAGCUCGCGUACGAGGUGCUCCGCGUCUCGGCGAUCCUCUCGGAGAACGCGACCAACAAGCACUUGUACCCGUCGAUCGAUCACCUCGUCUUGCUCGUGGGCGCGACGAGCGAGCGCAUUGCGCGCGAAGCGAUCAAGCUUGUGGCCAUGCUCGCACUGCCGUCGCUCCCGCAUCGGUACGCGACGGACCCGCGGGCACCCAACGACGUCAAGGCGCGCGACCGCACGCUAUUGAAAAAGUACCUUCUCGUCGUGGCCGAAGGCAGCGGCGGAGCGAGCAGCAGUCUCGACAUGGUCGACUACCUCCAAGACGACGCAACGCGCACCGAGGCCACGCGGCCGGAAAUGGUCUACCAGUUUUACCGCUACGACGAGGUGGCGAAAGACAGCGUGCUUGUUUCGAUCAAGAUUCCGGACCCGCCGGCGCAGGUCACGCCGACUACUGCCGCGAAUGUCUUGGCGCAGCUCAUCCAGGAGCACCACGUCCCCGAGAAGCAUCAGUUCAAGCUGCUGUACCGUAUCCGAUCGAGCUACAGCGCCGCGUCGCGAUCGACGCGGGAAGCCGCGGUCGUCGAGCGCCUCCAUGCGCUUCUUGGUCUUUUUUACAUCUUCGGCGACUCGGAAGAAGUGACACAGUACAUGGAGGCCAACGCCGAGCUCGUCGUCGAGAUUGUCGAGCUAAUUCGGUACGACAUCCACCCGCACGUACCGCUGCCGGUCCGCGUCGCGGCCAUCCAAGUCCUCACGGCGCUCGUGAGCGACGGCGUCGUGCAGAGCCGCGGCGUGCGUGACCUCUCGCGGCUGCAGUCGUCCGUGCUCUCGGCGCUCGGUGUCGUCCGGGGCAUGCCCCACGGCGCGUUCCUCUCGCUCGUGCGACACACCAUGGGGACGCUAAGCAGCCUCACGCUCAGCCAGGACAAGUCGCCCGACGCCGACAUGGACAUGACCUUGGCAGUCGCGUUUGUGCAAGCAACGACAUCGACCGCCGACUGGACGCCGUUCCGUGACCUCACGCAGAGCACCGACCGCCAAUUGUACUGGGUCGAGAGCGUCCUCGGCCUCCUCUCGGUCGUCGUGGGCAUUCCGUCGGGCGCGUCGGCGCUGACGGAAAGUGGCAUCAUCCCGUCGCUCUUGCAUGCGAUCAGCUGCCCAUCGCUGAGUCCGCUGCACACGUCGGUCGUUGUCCAGUGCGUCCAAGCGCUCGAGUGCGUCGUGACCAACCACGCGCCGGCCGCGUCGCUCUAUCGCGACCUCAGCGGCGUCGGUAUUUUGAUCGACCGUCUUGCUGCCGACUUGCACGCCGAGUCGGUCCACGGCACGCAGCAGAUUCUGCUCUUGACGCUGCUCAACAUGCUCUCGGUGUCGUUCCACUCGCAGGGCGUCAUGAGCGCCGGCGCGACGUCGCGCGUGAUCCGCGACACGGCGCCGCUCGCCAAAGUGCUGCUCGCGAUCCUCUCGAACGUCGAUGCGUACGGCUCGAUGCUCUUUGCGCAGGCGGCGACGCUCGUCUCGGACAUCAUCAACAACGACCCGACGUCGGUCAACCAUAUUCACGCCAGCGGCUUGGCGGAGGCAUUUCUGAAGACGCUCUGUCGCUGGGACUUGACCAACGGGUCGAACGCGCUGCCGCCGUCGCCCGAGCUCGUAAUUGCGGUUCCGAGCGUCCUCAGCGCGCUCUGCCUCACGUCCACGCACGUCGAGAAGGUCGUCGCGUACGAGCCACUGACGUACCUCCUCGACAUGUUCGUCAUGCCGGGCUACGUGCUGUACCACGGCUUUGACAGUCUCCAAGGCGACGUCGCCUCGAUCGUUGGCGGCGGCCUCGACGAGCUCAUGCGCCAUGUCCCUGCGUUCCAGAAACCUGCAAUCACCGCCUGUGUCCGCGCGCUGACCCAAGUCCAGAGCUACAGCGACGCGACAUCCGACGACGAGACGCGGCACACGGCCGUGCUCCGCAUGACGAUGCACGUCUGCGACGUGCUCGAAACGGUCCUCGCCAAGGCCGAGCACGCCGCGCGGUUCGCCGACCUCGGUGGCGUCGACACGCUCUUGACGCUCUACAGUCGCAUUUUGCCGUCGACGUCGGCGUUUCUCGCGAGCGUCACGCAGUCGCACGAGUCGCACGCUUCGCUCGCGCACUACCCCGCCGCGCAGGGCCUCACGGUCGCCGCGCGCGCGUACGCUGGCCAGCAGCCCACGACCAUGCUGACCAAGAUUUUGCAGCAAAUGACCAUGCACUUGGACGCGCUGCCGGCGACGAUUGGUAUUGCGUCCGUCGCCGACGUGCCGCUGGCCAACGCGACUGUGGAUGCGACCUUUCUCGAUGCCCACACGCAAGUGCGCAGCGCGGGCAACUACCUCCGGACCAUCUCGGUGCUCGAGUGGCUCGUCUCGCUCUUGCUCUGGAGCCUCCGCACGGCGCACGCGCACAGCCAGUCGCGCCGAUGGUUUGCCGAGUUUACGCUCGAGAAGCACCAAAACGUGCUGGCCAAGCUCUUUGCCGUCGACCGCAGCGUGCUCUGCGAACGCACGUCGCUCGAGCGCCAGCUGGUCGCGAAGGCGCCGGUCGGCCUCUGGAAGAUUGGCGCGCUCUUGCUGCUCAAGUUUUCGCUCAUGGUGCGCAACCUCGUGACAAAGUAUGGUCGGACGUUCUUGGCCGUGCCGGCGCACCACCGGCUCUCGGAGGAGGCCGUGAGUCCGCUGGCGGCCCACGCGCUGCCGCUCUCGCAUUCGUUGCACGCGCUCUUGCAGAACCUUUUCGACUCGGUUCGCGGACUCACGCUGCCGUUUGAGGUCUCGUUCGCGGGGGUCUACUACCUCGAGACGCUCAGCGCGCUCUUGUACGAAGGCAAGCGCCGCACGGCCAACACCGUGUUGCUCCAAGAAGUCGUCGAGUCGGGCCUGAUGGCGUCGACGCUGCAGUGGAUCUCGCAGCACGCACUAGCCUUGCUCGACAACGUGGCGGCGCUCUCGAAACAAGAUCUUCGGUUUUUCCAGACGGCCUUUCAGCUGCUCAAGCGCGCGAGCGACCUCGGCGCGAUCAGCAACGCGCCGCUCACCGCGUCCUUGGCCUUGCUGCAAGACGCGAAUUCGGCGCGGCCGUUUGAACCGAAUGCGCUCAAGAUGCAACUGCACACGCUGGUGCUCAAGACGAUUGUGCCGCUCUGGGCCAAAGAGGCGCAGCUCGCGACGCUGCCGUGGGACGCGUCGCUGAGCUACCUCUUCCCCGCGGUCGCCACGCUGCUCAAGCACCGCCUCGAUGUCGCCGAGAAGCCGAGAGCGCCCAAGCCCGACGCGUUUGUCGCCGACGAGCUCGUCAUCGAGAGUCUGACGUCCAUGGGAUUUGGCCGCCCGGCCGUGGAGACGGCGCUGCGCCGUGUGCAGCUCAACGACGUCGAGCUCGCCAUGGAGUACCUCUUGUCGCACCCGUUUGACGAAAACGAGGUCGGCGACGUCAACGUGGCAGUGGACGAGACGCCCGCGGUUGUCGACGCGGCGGCCGAGCUCUCGGAGCUCUACACGAGCGUCCGCAGCGGCCUUGAGCGCAUGUGCUUUGACGUCGUCAAGAGCCAGCCGAGUGACCAGCGCAUGGUCGUCGUCAAGGUCAUGGCCGACUUGCUCCUCGUGCAGUGCCAGCGGUCGAACGACGAGCGCCGCAACGUGCUCUCGCAAAUCCAUGCGUUUGUGCUGGAGCACGCGAUGGACGCGAUGACACCGAGCACGCACCUCUUGGCCCUUCUGCUGCACGCCGAUCCGCCGAGCCGCCAAGUUCUUGCGAGCUUGACGCCGUCGGUCGUGACGCAUCUGCUGCACGCGCUACAGACGGCGACACCGACGUCGCCCGACGACGGGCUCACGACCGUCCUCCUCGUCCUCGACGCGCUGGGUCAAGAAGAAGGCGUCCUGACGCUAGCGAUGCGCGAGUCGCUCCUCGACACGUGCGUUGCGCUCAUGCAACAAGGCGUCUCGGCCAACGUCGGCCACGCCAUGUGGCAGCUGCUCGUGCGGCUCACGCGCGACGUGUCGAUCGCGGACCGUUUUGUGACGCGGCACGGCGUCGAAGCGUGUUUGGCGCUCGAGAGUCGCUUUGACGGCUACAAGGAGCUCACGUCCGCGCUCCUCGCGCACGUGAUGGAGUACCCGCAAGUGUUGCAGGCGCGCAUGGAGGAGAAGGUGCUGCAGUCGCUCAAGAAGCUCAGCGCGCGCUUUGGCGCACCCGAGCUCAUGCGUAUUUCGCCGCGGUCGCUGCUCUCGGAGCUCGGGAUCGUCGCGCUGCGCAACGAAGCGCUCUUUCUCGAUGCGCUCAAGGCCACGAUUCUCGUCAAGAAGAGCGAGUCGGGUCGGUUGUACGUGCUGCCGGCGGGCAACGCGACGCUCGUCGGCACGCAAAAGUUGCUCACGUUGCCGAUCCCGAACGCGUCGUUUGUCAUCAAGCUCGUGGUCGACCACCUCGUGGCGCUCUGGACCGCGCAGAAGCAGCACGAGAGCGCGCUGCCGAUGUUUUACCUCGUGCACCUCGUGUCGCUCUUCCCGACGUGCGCCAACGUGCUGCUGCAAGACCACUUGGCGUUUGUGCAGCUCGUGCUCGCCGAGAUGCUGCCGUGCCGCGACCUCACGCAGCUUAUGCGCAAGCCGGCCGCGACGCCGGAGGAGACGGCGCUGGACCGCCACCGUCUCAAGGAGCUCACGAAAGACCGCGUGCACAAUGCGCACCGCCUCCUCCUCGGUAUUUGCGCCACCAACAGCGAGAGUGCCAAGCGCGUGCUCGCCGAGGUCGUCAAGCUCAUUGAAGCGUGGGCGUUGGCAGCGCACGGCAACGGGACCGUGGCCUUGAGCUCGAUCCAUGCGUGGUGCGCGCUCAUGCUGAGCAUUCUUUGGCCGCGCGACGACGUCAAGGAGAAGAGCGGUCUCUGGGAGCACGCCAAGUGGCUUCUCAAGACCAAGACCAACAUUGUGACCGUGCUCUUUGACGCGCUCGGGAAGAUUGAUUUGACGCACCCGCUCGCGCGCACGACGUGCAACAUGGUGCUGCGACUGCUCGCGGCGUUCACGCGGCCGUGGGUCGCCCACCGUCUGCGCAAAGUGCCGCGCAAGAAGAGCACUGAGGUCGAAGACACGCAGGCGAUGCAGGUCGUAGACGAAGCGCCCGCGGACGAGAGCAUGACCGUGGACGAGGUGUCGGGCAGCGCCGAGGCCGACGACGUGCCGAUGGGAGACGGCGAAAGCGACGACGAGCAUGGCAUGUCGGGCGAGGACAUGGACGACGAGGAGGAUGACGAGGAAGAGGAAGAAGAGGAAGAAGAGGAAGAAGAGGAAGGAGAUGAUGACGAGGACGACGACGAUGAAGACGAGCUCAACCGCGAAGACAUGGAGAUGAUGGAGGCCGACUACCCGGCGCGCUCCCGCCAAGAUGACGUGAUGCACCCGACGCAACUCUGGGACUCGCUGGACGCGGACCUCUCAGUGCUCCACGACGACGACGAGGUUGCACCGCGCGCGGCGCCCGCCGAGGACUCGCCCCAAGCGAUUCUUCAGCGCGCGCGAACAAUGGCGUCGAACGCGACGCGGCGCUCGAACGAAACGUCGUUUGCGAACGAAGCGCAGUCGAUCUUUGACCUCUUCUCGGCGUCGCUCGGGUCGAACCACCGGUCGCGCAACGCGGCGUGGAGCCAGCUCUUCCGCGAGUUUGAGCACGACCUCACGCACCGCGGUGGUGAGACGCCGGACGACGACUCCGGGUUUGUGCUGCGCGAGUUCGACGACGACGCGGACGACCCGGACGUCAUGACGGUGCCGUUUGACGUCUUGGACCGCGACAGCCGGCGCUUUCGACUCAUGGGCCGCUCGACGCCGGGCGUGCCGGGUGCCAGUCGCGGCAGCCGCAGCGCAGCGCCAACGAUCUCGACGUCGUCGCUCGCAGGUCUGACGCACCCUUUCUUGGCGUCGCCCGCCGUGGGCGGUGAGCUCGCGGCCGAGCUGUACGAGUUUGGCGGCAUGGGCCGCGGUGCCGGCGACCGCCCGCCGUCCCGCCACCCGCCGUCGUCUCGCGCCGACUUUCACUUGCUCAGUGAGCUCUCGAUGACGCCGCAGCUCCAGCGGUCGAACGCGUCGCGCUUCCCGCGCAGCAGCAACCAUUGGGAGUUUGGCGCCAACCCGUUUGGGAGCCGCGACGACGCGGUGGUACGAUCGGUCGUCUCGCGUAUGGAAGAAGAGCUCAAUGGCCUCGUGGUCGCGGAUGCGGUGCCCGAUGCGACGGAGGAGUUGCCGGCGCCGGCGCCGGAAGCGGCCGUGGCCGACGAUGCGGUGUCCGAGACCGCGUCCGUGAUUGCGCUCACGAGUACGCUGGGGCAGUCAUCGCUGCAGUCGCCGCCCGAUGCGUCGAUGAGUGUUGCGUCGAGCCCGUUGGCGCCUGCCGAUGAAGACGACGACGAGCCUGUCGACACGAGCACAAGCGUUGCCGACCAAAUGGCGCGCGCGAUCCAGAUGAGCCUGAGCCAGCUGGAAUCGACGACAAUGCCUCCGCCUGCACCGUCGACGUCGUCAGACCAGCUCUUUAGCUUCACACUGGACUUGCCGACAGCUCCGGCCCCAGUACCGCCGACGCAUGCGGAAGCUGCGCCGCCCGCGCCGCUUGCAGCCGAAAGCGUCGCGACCGACGAAGCCGAAGCGGGCCUCGUGUGCCCGGCAGGCAUGGACCCGGAAGUGUUCAACUCGCUUCCGCCCGACAUGCAGGCCGAGAUCAUUGCGAGCCAGGCACCCGAGCCGCCGGCGUCGACAAGCGGUCAAUCGCAGCUCGAGAUGGACAUUGCCAACUCGAGUUACGACCGCGAAACACUCGAGGCGCUCCCCGCCGACAUUCGCGACGAGAUUUUGGCCAACGAGCGCCGCGAGCGGGAGGCGGCCGCGCCGGCCGACGUCUCGCGUGCCCAAGAGAUGGACACGGCGUCGUUUGUCGCGUCGCUCGCGCCCGAGCUCCGCGAAGAGAUUCUGAUCACGUCGGACGACGCGUUUCUGCAAACGUUGCCGUCGGACGUGCGCGCGGAGGCCAUGGUGCUCCGCGAGCGCCACGCGUUCCGCGCCAACUUUCGGUCCGAGCCGUCAGCGGGCGACGCGGCGCGCGGGAUGUUUCAGCGCCCGACGUUGCGCCGGAUGCUCACGACGCACGGCACGGACAUUCUCGAGAGCGGCGCGGCGCGGCGUCCGCGGUCGCGCCACGACAAUGCGCCGCCCUCGCGCGCUCGUCAGACGCGACGCACCUCGGCAUGCUGCAGCUCGAGAAGGAAGAAGGCGACGUGGAGCACCUCGGUCUCAUUGACGCGCGCGCGAUCCAGAGCCUUUUGACGCUGCUGUACAUGGUGCAGUCGAUUUUGAACCACCGCGACUUUGCGAGCGUCGUCGCCAACCUCUGUGCGUACCCGGCGACACGAUCGCUGCUGCAAACCAACGUGCUGGCCAUGCUCGACAGCUCGUCGUCGUCGUCAUCGUCGUUUCCGCCGCACGGGCUGCUGGGCUGCACGAUGUUCAAGCCGUCCGAGGCCAAGCUGCCGAUCGAGGUCGCGGCCCGGCUGCUGACCGUGCUCGUCUCGCUGACCAAGCAAAACGCGCGCUUCGUGCUCGAGCUCUUGCGGGGCGACAAGGAUGAUGAGCGCGUCGGCCUUGUCUGUCUCGUCGACUUUCUUGGGCAGCCGGUUGUGUACCGCAGCGCCUCGAAUCUGGACAUGCUCCUCGAGGUGCUGCACGCGACGGUAGCGCCCCUCGCGCGCUUCCGCCCCGAGAAGGCCGCCACCAAGCCGGACGAAGUGGCCGACGAGGCGCUCGAGUGGACACCCGUGCCCCGGGUUGCGCUCUCGCCUGCGCACAUGGAGCGCAUCGUGGGUGUCCUCGGCCUCGACCUCUGCACGGGCGCGAUGCAGACGCGAGUGAUUUCGAUUUUGAAGCAGCUCGGGUGCAUCGAGGCCAACCAAAUGACGAUGCUGUCGACGCUGGUGGGCCACGCCAAGCGCCUCGCGACGGCGCCGCUGCUGCCGAGUGGGGCGUCGCAGGCGCUGACAUCGGCCGUCCUCGCGUCCGUGCGCGACGAGCGCAAGCUGCUGCGGUAUCUGCACACGCUCUCGGAUGUCGCGCUCUCGACCGAGCAGUUUACCGAGCAGACGCGACUCAUUGGUCUCGACGGCAUCUGGGACGCCCUCAGCCGGUCGCUCGAAGAGGCCCGCGACAACCUUGGCGAGCAGCCCGACAAGGCGGCCACGGACGCGACCGUCAUUGAAGGCCAGAGCGCGGGUGCGUCGUGCGCAAUGGCGUCGCUCCUCACGCGUUUUUUGCCCAUGAUUGAAGCGUUCUUUGUCGUGAACGCCCGUGACGCGGCCAGCAUGACGCUCGAGGCGCCGGUCGAGUCGGCCAUGUCGGAGCGCGAGGCCGCGAUGCUGUCUCUGACGGCCACUGAUGACGGGUCGGAGGCCAAGGCGGUCGAAGCGCCGCUUGCCGUCCCACUCGAGACGGACCGCGACACGACGCGGCUCGCGCUCUUUGUCGAGGCCAACCGCGUGCUGCUCAACAUGCUCGUGCGCGAGAAGCCGUCGCUGCUGGACGCGUCGCUCGCGGCGCUCAUCAAGAUUCCUCGCUGCCGGGCGUUUCUGGACUUUGAUAACAAGCGCACGUACUUUCAAACCGCGAUGAAGCGGCUGCGGCAGUCGGCGAUGCGGCAUGGCGGCGGCGGCUCGUCGGUGCGCAUUCCCGUGCGGCGCGACCGCGUCUUUGAAGACUCGUUCUACGCGCUGCGCAUGCGAAGCGGCGCCGAGCUGCGGCGGAAGCUGCACAUUUCGUUUACGGGCGAAGAGGGCAUUGACGCGGGCGGCGUCACGCGCGAGUGGUACAUGAUCCUCGCGCGCGAGAUCUUCAACCCGAACUACGCGCUGUUUACGUCGGCCGCCGACUCGCCGACGUUCCAGCCCAACCCGCUUUCGUACGUCAACAAGGAUCACCUCAUCUACUUUGAGUUUGUCGGCAAGGUCAUUGGCAAGGCGAUCGCGGACGGCCAGCUGCUCGAUGCGCACUUUACGCGCUCGUUUUACAAGCACAUUUUGCAGCUGCCGCUGUCGUACAGCGACAUGGAGGCGAUCGACCCCGAGUACUACCGCAACCUGCACGCGCUCCUCGACAACCCGAUCGCGGACCUCUGUUUGGACCUCACGUUUUCGCUCGAGCACUCGAACUUUGGGAAGCUCGACAUUGUCGACUUGAUUCCGAACGGCCGCCACGUCCAGGUCACGGACGUCAACAAGAUGGAGUACGUCAAGCUCGUGACGCACCACCGCAUGGCGACGGGCAUCCGCGCGCAAAUCGACGCGUUCCUAUCGGGCCUGCACCAGCUCGUGUCGCCGCAGUUGAUUUCGAUCUUCAACGAGAACGAACUCGAGCUGCUCAUUUCGGGCAUGCCGGAGAUUGACAUUGACGACCUCAAGGCCAACACGGACUAUGCCAACUUCAAGCCGACGGACCCUGUCAUCCGGUGGUUCUGGAACGUGCUCUACUCGUUCAGCCACGAAGAGCGCGCGCUCUUUCUGCAGUUUGUCACGGGCACGUCCAAGGUGCCCCUCGAAGGCUUCAAGGCGCUCGAGGGCAUGCGAGGAACGCAAAAGUUCAACAUCCACAAGGCGUUUGGCCCGAGCAACACGCUCCCGACCGCGCACACGUGUUUCAACCAGCUGGAUUUGCCUGAGUACGAGAACGAAGAGCAGCUCAAGGCGCGCCUCCUCCUCGCGAUCCGCGAAGGCUCGGAAGGCUUUGGCUUUGGCUAGGCCACGAUGAAAGCACGACAAAGGUCCUUGAAUGCAUGUUGUAUUUCCUUAUGAUUUCUCGCACGCUACGAGCUCCACUCGAUGCCAUCAUCAUCAUCAUCAUCAUCAUCAU